AUGACGUCGUCGCUGUCGUCGCCAUCGUCGACGAUGACCGCGCCCGCGGACAAUGGCACGUCCUAUGCCAGCUUCAGCCAGGCGCCGCCCGGUUACAAGACGCCCGAGUUCCCGAGCCUCUACUGGCCGCCGCAGACACCGACGGCGCACGGCAGCCUCUACUACCUGUACGACAUUUGGCGGUUCACGCUGCUCUGGACGGUGAUUCUGUACGCCGUCUUCCACGCGGGCGCCGCCGUGAUUGCGCUGGCGAUGCAGCUCAUCUACUCGGGGCGGCCCGAGUACUGGCGGUACCUGUGGACGAUUCCGGUGACGUACACGGUGGUCGCGGGUAUCGAGGCCCUGUUUGCCGGCAGUUUUGUCGGGUUGAUCAUUGGCGCCGCGUACCUGGCCGGUCCGUUUUGGAUGUCGACAUGGAUUCCAUUCAUCUGGGGCUGGGCGAACCUGCUCGUCAUUGUCAUCUCGUCGUUUUCCAUCCAGGGCUAUCUGUGA